AUGUAAUAAAUUGAUUAAAUAACUUUAUAAGGAUAUGAGAUAGAAAAAUAUGGCUAAUAUUUAAGCGGAGAUUAAUUUAAAGUAUAUGGAGCGAAAAUAGUUUCAACAGGUGAAUUUGUAGCAUUAAAAGAAUAAUCUCAAAUUACAAUGUUAGAAGAGGAUUUAUUAAGGCAUUAAUAAUGUAUAAAAUCAAAACAUAUUAUUGAAAUCAAAAUUUUUGAAAUACGAAAUUCAAAAGUUUUUGUAAUUAUUGAGAAAGUGAAAAAAUUAUUGCAGGAUUAUAUAUUUGAAAAUGAAUUCAAAGAAAAAUUAUAAAUUGAAAAAUGCCUUUUAUUUCUUCAGAUAGUUCAAGCUGUUAAAGAAUUUCAUAGAUUUGGUAUAUUUCACAGAAACUUAAAACCUAUCAAUUUUGUUGUUUGUGAAGAUGCAAAUAAUUCCAUUAAGGUUAAGCUUCUAGACUUUGGACUAAUCUAAUUUAUAACAGAUGAUGAUUAAAAUAAAUUACUUCAAUAAGGAUAGAUUGAAUACUUAGCUCCUGAAAUUCUAGUCUGCGAAUACUAUGAUAAAUCAGUGGAUGUAUGGUCUCUUGGAGUGAUUUGGUUUUAAAUGCUAACAGGAAUUGUUCUAUUUAAAAGCAACAAGAAAUAACUCACUUAAGAACUCAUUAAUUAAUAAAUUGAGGAAAAUGGAAAUUAAAUAAAUGGGAAUAUCUAAAAUUUAAUAAAAAAGAUGUUGGUUAUCAAUAGUUAGGAAAGAAUCUCUCUUGAGUUAUUAGUUAGUUAGUUGCAAGAAAUUUGUCAAAACAAAUAAAGCAUCAUGUCGUAGAACCAAGAUUAAGAAAAGGUCGAUUAAUUAAACCAGUUCAAAAAUAACCUCUAAGAAUAACUCGAUAAAUAAUUUAAUGAAUAAUCAUAAUAAGCUAUCCAAAGAAAAUAAAUGCAUAUGAGAAAAAUAAAGAUUGAAAUUAUAGAAGAUGAAAUCCAUUAAACCUCAAACAAUCUUUUACACUUUUAAUAGCAAGAAUUAAAUAAUUAGUAAUUGCAUGCUACAUCAGAACAGCUCACAUAUUAGAGUCAGUUAAACAAAUGGUCAAAUAGAGAUUAGGAUUUUAUAUAGUUCCAAGAAAAAUAUGAUGCUUAAAUUACAGAAAUGAUUUAAAAAUAAGAGGAGAAUAUAGAUAAACGUUGGAAUGAAAAGUCUGAUUAAAUAACUAGAGAUAUCAAUUUAUAAAUUAAAUAGCAACUUUUAUUAGAUUAUAAUUUAUAUAUGUCUAUUAAAGAAAAUGAAAUUAAAGGAGAAUAAGUUUCAGGUCCUGAUUUAUUACAACAAUAAAUAAUAAUACAGGACAAUAAAAAAUAAUUAGAUUUAUUGAGAAAAUAAUUAGAUAAUUCAUCUAUUAAAACCUAAAAACAAUAAAAGUACGAAGCUAUCGAACAGACACUAAAUUUAAUCCAAUAAUAAUUAAAUGAAGAUUUGGAUACAUCUUCUUAUUAAAUAGCUGAAAGAAAUAGGAAAUUUUAAAAAGAGUUAAUUAAUAUCAAAAUUGAGAUUGAUUCAAUUGAAAAAGCAAUUGAAUUGGAGUAUUUAGCAACUAAAUUAAAAAGAGACAAUUUGAAUUUAUAAAAUAAAAGUUAAACUUUAUUUCUUGAAUAUUAAAGGUUGAUAGAUGCUUAAAUAUUAAAAUUGCAACAAUUAUAGAAAUAAAAUGAUCAUUCCAGUACAGAAACUUUGUAUAUUAUGUAUUUUAAUGAUAAAAUUGAAAAAUUAAACAAGUAGAAGUAAAAUAUAAAUAACAAAUUAUAAUCUCUAAUUUAAGGUUUCUAAAAUUAAUAAAUUGAAAAUCUACUUCAAUCAUUUCAAAAGCUUAAACUUUUUUAUUCGAACCUAAAUAAUAUCAUAAGUUUUGAGGAAUAGUCAACGUUAUAAUUAAGUUCAUACGAAAGGGUUAAUUAAACAUAAAGUUUACCUAAUUUGAAUUAAAAACUUUAAGAUCAAAUUAACUAAUAGCUAGACUUAUUAGAUUUGAUUUCUUAUUCAUAAUAAACUUAAAUUUAUUGUACAGAUAUCAAUAUUAUCAUAAAGUAAUAAGAGAAUAAAAGGAAAUUGCUUUAAACAUUAAAAUUGUAAAAUGAAGAAUUGUUGGAAUGUUAAAGAAAGUUGCAAGAAAAUAAUCUUGUAAUCGAGGAAUAUAGAGAAAGGUUUACUUAAUAAUUGUAUUUCAAUAGUUUUUAAAUCUUUUCCGAAGCUAAUUAUGAAGAACUUGCUUUUAAACUUAAAGAAAUUAUCAAUUUACUAGAGUUGGUAAAAGGGAGACUCCAAUUCUUUGAAGACAAUCAAUUUUAUGAGCAUAUUAUUGAUUAAUGGAAUAGGAUUAAUUCUUAUAAAUAAGAAUUAUAAAUAAUGAUCAAUGAGAUCUUUGAAUCAAGGGAAAAUUACAGCAAUCAUUAAUUGUAAAGCUAAAUAGAUAGAAUGGGAGUUUUAAUAAUUUAGAUUAAAUUAGGACUUAAAACUAUCCCAUCCUUUGAGUAAAUUUAAAGAUUUAAUCUAGAAUGCAGAUAGAAUGAAAAACAUUACUUCGAACUCUUUACUUUGGUUAUUUACAUAAAACAAUAUAAUUGCUUGAGAUACAUAAAUAGAUGGUUGUCUUUGUAAAAUAAAACCUUAUCCAAAUAAUAGAAUUAAACUUUUAGUUAAGCUUAAAUUAUUUCAUAAAAUCAUUUAAUAUAAGAAAUUACUUCAUAUAAUAACGAAAGAACAAACAUUCACAGUUUGAUGCAAGACUAUUUAAAGUGUCUAAAAGGAUAAAGAGAACAAUUUAAUCUUGAAUAGCUUUAAGAGAAUAAUGAAUAUAUAGACAAAUUGAAACAAAUAUUAGAAAGUAAAAUUAAAAACAAAAUCAAAGUAAAGUUAAAUAGCAGAAUCAAUGAUUAAACUCAAGUAAAUGCAAUUAUUAAUAAAAUCCUACUCUUUGAAUUUUAACCACUUCUCUUUUAUAAAUAAUUGGCAAUAUUUUCAGAUUUGAUUUAAUGUUAGCAAGACUGA